AUGUCUCGUCCAAGACAUGCCGAUGAUAUUCUGAACAUCAAUGUUGGAGGCAAAAAGUAUACAGUGAGGCAAUCAAUUUUCUGAAUUUUCUCGAAACUCAAGUCUUAAAGGUCCGUCGCACUGAUAUGCUGGCCGACCCCAGAUCUAAACUAGCCGAGUGGUUCAAGCCGGGAACUCUAAAACCGAUCGCCACCGACAAGGGAGGCAACUAUUAUCUGGAUCGGGACGCCAAGUGCUUCCGUCACAUUCUGGCCUACCUCCGUCUCAAAAAAGAAAAGUUCGUUCCUUCUCUGGCUCUCCCGAGCAAACCGGAUGAUCUUGCCAAGUGCGUUGAACUAACAUUGAACAAUGUUUGUCACAAUUGGAUUUGGAUUUCCAGAUUAGUUGGAGAGUGUGAGGCUCUCAAUCUCGCCGAACUCAAAGAGCUUGCUCUCGAUUUGCUGCAAAAGUACCAAAGAACCGAAGAGCAGCACUACGUCACUUCGUAUGUUCAAGUCACUCUCCGCGACUUUGAAAGUUGGCAAUUUGAGCGCGAGCAGGUUGGUUUUUUUCUUUUUUUUUCCGAAACAAAGUUCACACUCAGAAUCAAAUCGCCCUCAAAAAGAAGCCGACCGCCGAGGAAGAAUAUCAGCCGAACUCCGCUUACGACGAGUGGGACAAUCUGUGA